GACAAAGUCGACGUCCUUCAAGGCAUCCAUGUCCGUAGUGAAUUCGAUCCUCCCCAUCGCAUCGUUCGCAAAAUCCAGGGUCAUUUUCCCCUUUUCGACAAGCUUUUCAACGGAUUUCAAGAUUCGGUCCUGGCUUUGGAUGAAAAAUUAGAAUACACAACGACAGUCAGUGCUUCGUAGAGUAAGCAAAAGCGAGGAGGAGAGCUCCUUUGGUAGGCCACUAAUUUUCGUUGUAGUUUUCGCGAUCACUGUCCUCAAGCACGUACCCAGAAUCUAGAAAUCCUUGCUCCUGCUCAAAUGCAAUAACUUUGGAAUGUACCCCCGACAUGGCGGCCACCUGACAAAUCCCGUGACCCAUCAAUCCCAAACCGACACAACCGACCGUAUCGAACCCGGAACCGUCCGCAGGAGAGGCAGUUGAUUUCGACCGUGUUGCUGUUACUGCCAUUGUCGUCGUCGACGACAAGGAACCCAACUGCCCGCAAGAUCUCAAACGGGGGAGAUGAUUCCUGCCAAUAGAGACCAUGGGGGAUCGAUUCCCCAAGAUUGCGAACGAUUUUCUGGCGGAGGCAACAGAUUUCGAGAAAAGAACCAUCGUCAAGUGUUACCGUAGUUAAUAUUGCAACAAAUUCCUAWUAUGCACGUAGUGUCGAGUAGUGUGCUAGCUAUUUCUUGCUAUUCAAUUUCGGUUUGAGACCAGAUAAGGGUUGUCCUCCUCUUUAGUGGGCACGAGUCCUUGUUUGAAAAAAAAUAAGAAAUCUGUAUCCUCUACACGAUGAAAGCGGGAGAGUUCCCAAUUUGCGGCGUCAUGAAAAAAGGUGUCACGAAUGAACGAUCCCGGAUGCAUGAUGAUUUAGUCAUACUCAUAGCUACAAAACCUAUGAUACCUAUGAUACAGAAUGGAAUGUCAAAUGUCAACGCUUUUGCUUUUUGUUUGCCCUUCGUGUUUUGUGUUCAGUGUGCAUUGUGCAUAUUGCAUAUCUAGUAUCUAGAUGAUACAAUACUGUAUGAUACAUAUGGUUUAUAYCUAUGAUCAGGAUUGGUUCGCGCGUGGAUUCGAUGUGCGCAUGCUCUUGCCCCGUGCUACCUGUCGCUGUGUGCAAUUUCAACAACAACUUGCUUGCGUUCGUCCAAGRACYGUACGGUACGGUACAGUACGCAACGUACUGUACAGUUCAGAGCGCAACGGCAACAACAGCAACAGGAAGACCCUCGAUCGGCGAUCUCUCGUUGACCCGGUCYAGUAGUAACCACCCUUGUGAAUUACAAUCGUACACAAUGAGUGCCGCAUCCGCAACAUCACGACGAGUUGUUCGCAACCUUGCACACCGCAAGAUCGACUGGUGAGUAUUCCGUUUUGUGAGCGAAGGAGCGGUUGGAAUCGACCGUCUGGUUGUACGGCGAAGGCCGAUGCCGAUUCGUAGAGAUUUGGAUCGGAAUGGCGAACGCAUCGUGAAGUUCYAGACGAAUGGAGGAUCCAUCGCCAAGUUUACYGCUACCUCGAUACGCGGGUUCUAUCWAGGUAUUCCAUUCUGACACUUAUGCCGACUUUUUCUCUCGACUCGAUUGGAUACGAAAAUGUCUCUUCUGGUCUACRACGCAYACGUAUGGCUCAAACGGCGUGCCCGUAUCCCCCGAAACGGAACUCGAUGGAAAUACAGGAGUGCCCCCGUCUGGAAGGCCGCUCCCAUCGUUCAGAACGUGAGCAAGUUCCGAUCGUGGGUUGCCACCGCCGACACCCAGGCCGAAAAAUACUCGGCCGCGCCCGGUCCCAUCGAUUUCAAGUCCGCGAAGGACUCUGUUCGCGACAAGGAACUCGUCGAUUUCAUGGAGGCCUUUUACAAGUCGGCCGAUAUCCCCGCCGAGACACACGAGUGGGACGCCGAAGACAAGGCCUUCAAGCUUGCCCACUUUGAUCAAGUUAAGGAACAAGCCGCCGUCUACGCUGAAUUGAAAGAAGAUACCCUCAAAGAAAUCGAAUUCCUGAAGUCGACCAAAACGACCGAAGACACCACUAUCCACGACCUUAUGUGCAACAACCCCACCAUCCACGAAGAGAUCGAAGACGAAAUUGAACGUCGCGAAUGGUUCAAGGAUCUUGUUGUUGCCGACAAAGCUUAAAAAUAAGCAAUCAAUGAUGCACAACUCUAUCAUAUAGUGCAAUCUACUAAAAACUCGCCAAACUAUACUAUAGU